AUGAUCUUCGGAAACGCCAUCGCCUUCCCCGCCGCCCUAGUCCUGCUCCUGGCGAGACAGGCCGCGGCCAGGACCGACUACAGAGGCUGCGUCUCGUCGCGGACGGUCGUGUUCGGCGGCGCGUCCCUGAUCUGGUACCUGCCGGACACCGGAGAGAUAUGCGAGAACCUCGACUGCGGCGGCGGCCGCGCCCCGCCCAGGACCGACGUCCCCGGCUGCGACUUGUACUCCGGCACCGCCACCUACUCGCCCAGGUACUUGCCCGGCUUUGGCCCCAACGCGACUCCCACGAGCACCGCCGCGAGCCCGACCUCCACGGACUCUGACGCCGCCACCGGCCCCAUCACGACGGCGCCGACCGUCACCACGUCCGCCACGGUCGAGUCUGGUGCCGGACCGGACAGCGAGUCUUCUGGCUCUCCUUCCGAUUCCCCUUCUUCCUCCCCCACUCCCUCGGGUUCUCAGGGGCCUGAAACCGUCGCCGAUCUCGCGUCAACCACCGCUCCGGUUCAGGGCGCGGCAGCUAUGCCGACAGCAGGCGCUUUGGGCAUGAUGGCCGGUAUUGCGGCAGGAGUCAAAGAUAAUCCUCCCUUGUCGUCAGGCAAGCUACAACAAGAGGGUUCACUCCUACGUCUGAGCACAGCAAAAUCUAACAGCUACACGGGAUAGACCACAGCUUCCAUAAAGUCGGUGGAGGUAUCACGAACCUGCCUCCGGACUACGAGGGAUCACGAACCUGUCUCCGGACUCGGAGAUAUCCCAAUAUACCUCUAGUUAUCCAACUAGAUAUACCCAUUGCACAGGAGAUACCUCCUCAACCACAGCGUAAGUAGACCUAACCCCCAAACCCCAGGCACCCAAUUGAAUUUUUUUCUAUUUUUUCCCCCCUGUCCUCUUCUGUUAGCUGGUGUGCCCUUUCUUGUCUUUUUGUCUCCAUCCCGUUUGUGCCUCUUCUCCCAAUGCCCCUUGUUUUCUCUUCAUGUGAGUCUCCCAUGGUUUGUCAAAACAGCCUCUACGCUUGUCAGGUGUGACUUGAUGCUUUUGUGUAUUAUGAUGCUUACGAGGAUUCAAGUGAUCCAUGUGGCCCUUCUAUCCCAAGCUUGGAGAAUCGUGGUACUCGGCAACGCUGGUGUCCAAACAAACCCACACAUUACCCCAAUCCUGCU